AUGGUCAAACGCAAGCGCUCCAUUGGGCCCGCUGAUUCCUAUAUCAAGCGAUCCCGCCGUGCCGCGAAAGCAAAGAGGUCUGCCACACCGACCGCGCUGGGGCAGCCAAAUGCGGGCAGUAUCGCCGAAGCAGCCAAGAGCAAUGAGAGCAACAGGUUGUUGUCUCUUCCAGCUGAAAUACGGAACACAAUCUACGAAAUUGCCACUGGGGAUUUGCAGACAGAGUACGAAACUUAUAAGUGCAGCGAGAUCGCGCCGCUUUUGGAACAGCAUACACAAGACACAGAUCGGAUGGCUCGCCUCAAUCUUUACCCACCCCUUCAAAAUGAAGCCGAAUACGCACACUUUCGAUGCUUAAAGAGAGACUGGCUUGCACUGGGCCAAACAUGCCGCCGACUGCACGGGGAGUUCCGCUCGCUGCAAAAUAGUCUCACUCAUGUUUACAUUUCCGUACGAUUUCUCAAAGGGUACCUUGAAACUUUCCAUCCCGUCCCCGACAAGACGAUCUCCAACCCAAGGAUCCCCACCCGGCCCGUUAGUCAUCCUGCGAAGAUUACGGUAUUCUUCAACAAGUUUGACAAGAAGGAACAGCGUCCCUUCGAUGUUCUUCCCCUUAUGCGGCUGAUGAAGGCCUCUCCAUCGCUUGGGUGCGACGUCUGGACACUUAAUCCCUCCCCUCAACCUCACGGUGUCGAAGAUCGAGACAUCCACGAUGCAUUGUUUGCGACUCAAAACUCGCUUUGGGCGCAUCCUGAUCCGAAAUUCCUCCCAAGUCUCAACCGCAUAUCCUUCACUCCUCAAGGUAUACUGAGCAUUAGUGUUCAAGACGAAGUUCUCAAAGACUGGAUGAAGACCAGCAAGAUGAGGCAAUGGACUGGUGCUGACUGGAAACGUAAGCGUGGCAAGGGGAUAGACAAGGGCGGUACGUGGGUGAAAGACAGGCAAGAGCACACGCGGAAGUACCUGGAAGCAUCUGGAAUGAAUGUCGAGCUGUUGAAGGGUUGGAAAGUGACCGUGGGUGAAGGGGCAGGCUAG